UUGAGCUUGCAUUGAUCAGCUGAGCAGUAAACAGUAUAUUUGUGAAACGUGCUCGGUUAACAGCAGUGUGUCGUUUAAAUACACCAAUUUGAUACUGUGUUUAAAAAACAGCAAACAUUCCCUUGGAUUUUCAUAAACAGCCAAAUCACAACAGAUAUCGCACGACUGUGAGCCAUAUUUCCAUCAAAGCAAUCGAUUAUUUUUUACAAGAACGCAUCACUUCAAUAAUCUAUAACUACAAACUUAAAAAGUUUAAAUAAGAAACGCAAAUCGUGACAGCCGCACAGUCUUGUCUUCGAAACCUUUAGAUCCUGCCUUCAGUUUAAAUCUGAUCUGAAGCUAUUACCUAAUCCUGCGCACCAUUUUAAAAAAAAUCGUAUCAAUUUUAAUUUGCGGUUCGAAAUUCGUUGAUACUUCGAAAUAGCAAACUUUGAUUAACUUUGAGAAGUGAACAGAUUGUGAACAAGAGGAACUAUGAGUGGAAGGGAAGCAGGGGAUGCCAUGGCGCAGAACAGGUGGAAGGAGACGUGCACGAAGGAGAUCAUGAUGAGGCUUCAGUGGAAGGAACAGUACGGGUCAGAGUUCAAACGCAGAGAGGAGGAAGAGGAUAAGGCAGCAGAAGCCGCUCUUCAGGCGAAAAAUGAUAGCAGGAAAAAGGCACAGCUGGACGAGGAGAAAGAGAAGGACAAAACAACAAACAAGGGUAAAUUACCAGCUGAGCCCCUUUUGGACGACUCUGAACUGCCCCUAUUCGAGAUGUACCCUGUCACUCCGGCUGUGACUGCCCGUCUGUAUGAUGGCUUCUCAAAGGAGGGCAAAGGACGAGCAAAUUACCUCACUACACGCAAAGCCAAGGGACCCGAACGUAAGUUCCCCUACCCGGUCACCGAGGCCCAAGAAGUCGGUUGGAAGAUGGAAGAGCGAGAGACAUUCGGAAAGCCACAACACGGCCGAAGUCAGACCAUCCGAACCUUCUACCGAGACACCGGGGUGUUCUACUCGGAUGGACAGCUUCUCCCUAGAAACAGCUAGACUAUGAGUUUGAUAAUCUCGGGAUAACCUAUCAACGAUAACUAACACCUGAACUUGAAAUUAAAUUGUUUAAAAAUUGA